UACUAUAUGUUAAGUCCCUUAGCCCCACCUCUAGGGAUUUUCAAAAAAUUAGUGUUUAUUGAUUUAAUGAGCUAUUGUCAAGCCAUGGCCCCCAAAGAAUUUGUUUUACAGCAACAAGUUUUAAUAUUAAUGGAUCUUAUGGUGGAACUACAUAAACAUCACAAUUUCGAUAAUGUUAUAAUCUAUCGUACACCAGGUUCUUUUUAUGAACCGCCCGUAAAAAAGGGUCUAAUGCUGGCAACUCGAAAUCAAGGAGAAUCUUGGCAUGUUGAGUUAAUACGUAAAAGUUUGGGUAACUUAUUGGCUCGUCACGUAUCUGAAGAGUUGAGAAAACCUGUAAUGAUUUUCACCAUUGCCCCCUGGAAAUAUGUUAACAAUACGGAGGCCAUACCUAAUCUGGGCUCAAUUUUAACUAAUAAAAAUCUGGCUGUAGUUAUACUUAAUGAUAUUUUUGAUACAGAACUAAAAGAAUUCGUAUCUCUAUCUCUGGGCGCCAGUUUAGAGACGAAAAUCGUAUUCCUUGCAAUAGGCCAUGAACUGACCGAUAUUUUCACCAUAGUACGUGUUGAGAAAAUGAGAAGAUUUUUUCGUUGGUGUUGGUCGAAAAAUUUACUUAAUGUUAUACUUCUAUUCCAAAGGGAUCAUAUAGAUCGAAGUUUAGAGGAAUUAAAAUUGGAAGUUUAUACAUAUACACCAUUUCCGAGGCCCAUUAAAAUGAUACAGCUAACGCAAAAACCUCCUAGAGAAUACUUUCGCGAACGUAUUUCAAAUUUGUGGGGUUAUAGAUUUCGGACACCUGUAUUUGAGGAUAAACCUUUAGUUUUUAAGUCAAAGGAUCUUUUUACCGGAGCAGAUACCGUUACCGGCAUAACUGGUCUCAUCUACAGGGAAUAUACCAAGUACAUUAAUGCCACUUAUAGGGAAUUGAAAAAUGUUAAUUUCAACGGUUCCUGGAUUGCUGUCAUGGGCUAUAUUAACGAUUUGCUGAAUGCCCGCAAAAUAGACAUUUCUAUACAUCCCCUAACCGCCCUAAAGCCCAAUCAUUUCUUUAACAGUUAUCCCAUUACAAAUACCAACUGUUGUGUGGUGGUUCCAGUAAAACCGGAAAUAUUUCCCGCUCUCUAUUUACCUCUAACGUUGAGCGUGAAAAUGUGGUCCAUGCUAUUGGUGUUAUUUUUAACUUUUCAAUUAUCCUAUAUGUUUGUUAAUCAUGAUAAUUAUGGUGAUGUAAGAACCUGGUUGGCUUUUUCUACCACCUUAAAGGGACUGCUCAGCAUGCCUCUGGGUAAUAUGGGUCAUUUUAAAACUAUAACUCGCAACAGCAUAGCCUGUCGUAGAAAAAUAUUUCUGCACAUGUUACUCUUACUUUCAGGCAUGAUUUAUGGUCAAACCCAUAUAGCCGCCCUAACUUCUUUCCUAAGCAGUACUUUAUUUCCUCAGCAAAUUGAAUCGCUAGAGGAUUUAAGAAAAUCCAAUAUUUCCAUAAUGCUGCUCGAUUAUAUACAUGAUACCUUCAAUUAUUUAGAUUUAAUACCCGAUAACUUUAGCAGUCAUAUAAUUAUCAGUGAUCCCGAUACAGUUUCCUAUCAUCUAAAUCAUUUAAACACUUCGUAUGCCUAUACUGUGUUCAAGGAUGAAUGGCGUGUUAUACAACGUCUACAAAUGAAUCUAUGGAAACCACGUUUUCGUAUUGUAUCCAAGCUAUGUAUACCCAAUGUUUAUAUGACUUUACCCAUGCAAUUUAAUUCACCUUUUUAUCAUUCGCUUAUGCGAUUUAUAUUGCGUGUACAGACCACGGGCCUGGAGGUUAAAUGGAGCGAUAUGAUUUUUUUGCAAAUACAAAAAGCAACUGGUUUAAAUACUACUUUGAUGGAAAAUCUUGAACAUCCGGUACCGUUGACAUUGGUUCAUUUUAUGUAUAUUUUUUAUAUUUAUACCGGAGUUAAUAAUUUGACUUUCACUUUAGGUUCUUCAAGUGAAUGUUCACAAAAAUCUUUCUUUAUAAAGCUCUAUUGUGAUUGA